AUGCAAUCCGGAAUCUCAGCUUCGCAGGAGCUGGUCUCGAAGUUCAACACUCUGCUUGCCGACGACAGCCAGUUUGGUCUGCUAGUCACCAUUGCUUCCGAGAAGCUGCAGCCGUUGCAGGUGCUCGCCUCUACUGCACCUGGCGCCUCCUUUGCAUCCAACCUGAGCUCCCUUGUUACGCCGGCCCUCAAACCGAAUGAAGCGCUCUACCUCAUCCUGCGUCGGCACGCUGCCGCCCCGGCCCUGGUGGCUGUGACGUACGUUCCCGACGCUGCGCCUGUGCGCCAGAAGAUGCUGUUUGCCUCGUCGCGUCUCACGCUGGUGCGCGAGCUCGGGAGCGAGCACUUUAGCGAAACCAUCUUUGCGACCCUAGCCUCGGAGCUUAGCCCGGCUGGCUUCGAGAAGCACGACGCCCACACCGCCCUCGACGCCCCCUUGACCGAGGAGGAGAAGACGUUGGGCGAUGUCAGGCGAGCCGAACAAGAGGCUGGUUCCGGUACUGGCACGCGCGAGAUACAUCUGAGCAGCCACAUGGCCAUUCCAAUCAACGACGAGGGUUUGGCAGCGCUGAAGGAGCUGGCUUCCGAGGGCCCGCGGGCGUUGGUCACGCUGAAAAUAGACCAGGCCACGGAACAAAUCGUGCUCGUCCCCGACGACGCGACCCCCGAGUCCAUACCCGAACUCGUCCAAGCGAUUUCGGCCACGGAACCACGCUUCACCUUUUACAGAUUCACCCACUCCUAUGGCGGCAAUCACAGUAGCCCGGUACUCUUCUUUUACACGUGCCCCAGCACUCCUGGCACAAAGGCCGUCAAGUCCCGCAUGAUCUACCCGCUCAUGAAGAGGGCCGUCUUGACCAUUGCUGAAAAGGAGGCUGGCUUGCAGGUAGCCAAGAAGUUCGAGGUUGAGGACCCGAGCGAGAUUACCGAGGCAAGUGUGCUGGAGGAGUUACACCCCAAGGUUGAAGUCAGGGCUGGAUUCAGUAGGCCCAAGCGUCCUGGCCGUUGA